AUGAUUUAAGGUAAUAAUAAAUAGAAUGACAGGUAGGAAAAGUAUGCAAACAAGUACAAGUGGAAGGAGAAGCUCUAAUGCUGGCUCACGCAGUGGAAUGUUUGGCACUUCCUUGAGUCGAAGAAAUGUAGCGUUUGACUCCAAACUUGACAGGGUGCCAUUAAAAAAAGCUUCAGUUCAGGUUUUUGAUGAAAAAGGACAAGAUGUUACUCCACGUAGUCUUCUCUCUUCUGACCUGACAACACAGUCAAAUUCAGGGAAGAACAACAGUAAAAGUGUCAUCAACUUUAAUGAUUCUUCUUCUGUUGGUACUCCUUCAGAAAUGUUCAACCAAUCCAUGUUUGGUGCAAGUACUUUCCAGGCCAGCUAUGCAGCUGGAUUUUCCAGGUCCAUAAUGAGUUCAAUGAUGGGUAGCUCACGAGCGUCACUAGAUUCUGUCACAGACGAAAUAUCAGAGCCUAGUCAUUUGCACACAUUUGCUGGUUUGCAAGAUAUUGAAAGAAAGCGAAACGAAGUUAGAGAAGCUCUCACAUCAACAGACCUUAAAAAAUUGGUUACAAUCACGUUAGAAGAAACAGAUACAAUAUGGCACCUUGAUAUUCCCGGCGUCGUUGCAACAAGUAGCGAUGUAGAAGACGUUAAAGAAAGAAACCAUAAAUAUGAUCAGCUAUGUGCAAACAGGACAGGCAAUGAUAUGUAUGUACAUCGUGGUGUACAAACCUUCAAUGACGCAUUGAAAGCAAAAGAAAUGCAAACACUACCAGUUGAAGUAAAGGACAUUGGAUGUCUGGCCACAACAUGGGAUCUGUACGAUACUUACAAUGAAAAAGAAAAAGAAGUUGAAGAAGAUGCGGUUGAUGAUGACAUAUUUUCACAUACUGCUGCACUUCAUAAAGAAGCCGCACAGACAAAUGUACCAACACCCAGAGCAGGUCAAUUUAAUAAACUGACACAGUCUGAUCUCACAGAAAGCAGUGCAAGCUUUAUCUCAAGUAGUUCAAUAUCUGUUGCAGCCGAUCCUGACAAUUUAGAGUCAGAACGAAGCUCAGUGGCACCGUCAGACACAAACGCUCAAUUGGCUAAAAUUAUGAAGCUGAACAGCAUGAAGGACAACUUAUUUAUUCUGGAGAGAAUCAUUGUGCAGAAUUUAUACCACACACGACAAGUAGCAUACAGAGGAGCUGAGGAUUUAGUUUUUGCACCAAGAGCUCCCGUUGAUGAAGAAACGGAAGAAGAAAAUGAGACCAAACUGGGACCCAAUAUAUCUCGCUUGUGGUCAUAUGAAUGUUUAGAAACAAGAGGAUUUGCUGUCACCUGUAUGGUGUGGAACAAAGACAACCCUGACCUUCUUGGUGUUGGUUACGGUGAAAAUGGUUUCUCAGCAGAUGGGAAAGGAAUGGCUUGUAUAUGGUCUAUUAAGAACCCAGAGUUUCCUGAGCGAAAGUUCAGAACAAAGAGCGCUAUUGUUUCUAUCGAUUUCUCUGCAUCUCAUCCAAAUUUUUUAGCAGUUGGUUUGUAUAAUGGUACGAUCGCGGUGUAUAAUGUUCGAAGUACUGUUGAUGCACCUUUAUUGGACAAUUUAGAAAGUGUAGGAAAGCAUGCUGCACCAGUAUGGCAGUUGCGAUGGAUUGAGCGAGAUAAAGGGACUGGGGAAGAAAAAGGCGAACUUUUGAUAUCCUCAUCAGCAGAUGGACGUGUAACGCAAUGGUCGAUUAGGAAAGGCUUUGAAUUUAUGGACUUGAUGAAGUUGAAACGCAUCAACCUAUCAAAACAAGCCGACAAAAAAAGCGACGCCGCUGCGGCAAAGAAAAACGACGCUUUAAUUUCCCGAUACGCUGCCGGGAUGUGUUUCGAUUUUCAUCCUGUUGAUGGAAACAUAUAUAUCGCUGGAACGGAGGAGGGUCAUAUUCAUCGAUGUUCAUGUUCUUACAAUGAACAGUUUUUAGAAACUUACUCUGGACACAAGGGUUCUGUGUAUCGCACGCUUUGGUCACCUUUCAACAAAAACGCAUUUUUAAGUUGCAGUGCUGAUUGGUCCGUUCGCCUGUGGCACGUGGACAAACUACAACCAAUCAUAACUCUCCAAGCAUCAACGAAAGGUAUUGUGGAUAUUGAUUGGUCGCCGAAAUCCGCUAGCAUGUUUGCUGCCAUUAACGAGCAACAAAUCGAGAUCUGGGACCUAAGUGUUAGCACUUUGGAUCCAUUAUUAGUGAAUCUACCAGUAAAAAAGGUGAAGCUGACGUCAGUCAAGUUCGCUCUUAAUUCGGAGGCUUUGUUUGUUGGAGAUUGUGAAGGUCACGUGACUAUUUAUCAAUUACGUGAGAUGAAUUUGAGCCGUGAAAAUCAGACUGGCGCAAUACUGUCAAGGAUUAUGAAGUCAACGUUAUCACAAAAUGACGGCAUAGACGAGAGAAGCACCGAUGACGUUGAAAGUGACGACGUCGAUCGAUGAUAGUUAUAUAAUUUGUAGUAGACAUUUUUAAGCAUCGUUAGCCGUGAAACGCGUUGUUAGAUCUAAGUUAUGUUGAUUGUCUGAUAAUUGUCUAGUGUAAACCGGCUGUUAAUUUUUUAAUUAAGAAUUUUAAAUAACGCUCGAUUUAUUGGCCGAAAAUAUUGCAGGACUGUCUUUCGCUUUGCUAGUUUCACCAUUAAAACGAAAAAGAAAAUACCCUGUUGAUCAGAAAUCAUUAGUAUUUAAACAGCCGGAAUAUCGAGCGCCUUAUUCGAAUGGUUGACGCUUCUUAUAAGAUGUUAUCUGUUUAUCGUAUAUUAAUAUUUAACUUAAAGAGAUGUAAAUAUAUAUUAUAUUUUUAAUAUAAAUUGAUUGAUACG